AUGCCAGCCAAACCUGUUCACUCCUGGUCUAAACGCCACAGUGGCGUUGACUCUUCUUCUCGGACAGGACUACUCGAUACGCUGAAACGGCGGCCAUCGAAGCUUGUAACCACAGCAGCAGACGGCAAGCAAAAUAGAUCCAGUACAAGUGUUGCUCAGUACGAUACCGCACUGGCCAGCGCAGUCAGUAACUUUCAUGUUGCAGCCAACGAUAUGUUGUAUUCGCCAGAAUCGAUAAACACACUAUGCUCGAAAUCCUCUUUUGUGGACAAACCCUUUCCCAACCGGCCACGGUCUGCAUCAGUGCCAUCAUUGGUAGAGUUGCCCGCUGAGUUGCCUGAAUCAACUCUUUUACAAGGCCAAGGCUAUCCGUUGUAUCAUGAUCCUAUUCAUGCGACAAAAUCAGUUCAGGCCCUUCAGAAUGAGAGCCAUCACCCAAAAAUGCAAGUGGCCUGCGAGAAGGCCACUACUUUGGAGAUACCAAAGCCGGCUAUACCAACAUUAACCCACGCCAGAAGCGUCCCGCAUCUAAAUUCCCGAUACAGUUUGGCAAAGAAGACCCGCCCCAGCAAAAUCCCUGUUCCCAGUACAGCCGCUCAAUCUGGUUUUCAAGGAUUACAGCGAAAUCACUCCUUGGCCGACACCACCCUGCAGAGACGUCCAGAGUCUACUCCGAUCAAGUCGCUUCUGACCGUCACCAAAAAUGAUCUUGUCAAAAGAGAUGGCAGAAAUUCCGACCAAGGUCCUGAAAAGCGUCACGACUAUAUAGAAGCGACGUCUUCUCAAACCUGCCCAACAUCAACACACAGCAAACAUGCCCAUGAGCUAGAAUCGACCAACGCUAGUCAACUUCAGACCAUAGCAAUAUUGAAAGCCCAGUUUGACAACCUAAGAGCCGCACACGAAUCCCAUGUGGAGAUGCUCAAACGUUCACAUUCGGUGCAAGUUGCUUCCCUGGAGAACCAAGCACGACUGCUCAAGGAACGAAUGAACAAAGAAGGCCUCCAGAGAAGGUCAAGCGGUAACUGGCUAUAUGUUCCAGUCGAUGAGGGCGUUGAGAAGAAGCCGACGAACUUCGAAUCUCUAGACCUAGACACAUCUUUUGAUAAGAUAUUGACGGGCAAGACAUAUUCACAUAUGCAUCCAAAAAAUGCCCCUGAAACGGAAACCUUGAAGCGCAAGCUUUUCGCCUCUCCUCGACUGGAAACAGGAACCCAGAACCUAUAUUUGGAACUCAGCUUACACGCACGAAAUAAUGCUGCUCUCCAAAAACAGGUUGAUUCACUCACGACAAAGUUAAACGAAUCGAACGAGAGCGAGCGAAAGCUGAGAAGUACGCUGAACCUGACGGAAACGAAAGGUGCUGCGUGGGAGGAGAAGGCAAAGCACGCUAACAAGCUCAUUGACAAACUCACUGAGAAAAUCCAUGCUCUAAAAAACACUGCUUCCGAUCUCGAGGCUCGCCUUGAAAUUGCCAAUGCUAAACGAUUAGACGCUGAAGAACAGCUCUCAAACUGGAGGGAUAAGAAGUCGCCGUUUGAUCUCACUCCCACCAAGCUAUGUAUCUCGCCGGGUACGAGUCGGGUAGCUUCAGGUACCCAAAGUAGUACUGGUACUCAAACUGCUAGCAAACCAGCUGAUACUUCAGAAGCAGUCGGCUCAGAAACCCUGGGGCUAAAUGCAUCUACCUCGGAAAUUGAGCAGCUACAAGCUCAAGUUGCUGAGAAAAAUGUAUACGUAGCUGAACUGGAAGCGAAACGGGAAGAGCUACAGCGAAAACUCAACCAACUUGAGCAAGAGCACAAGAGAGUGGCUGUCCAAUCGGAUCUUCAAUAUGAGCUUCUAAAAGAAACUCGCGUAAGCGACAAGCUAAUCGAGCAACUCCGGAAUUCGGUCAUUAACCGUGAAUCCACAAUCAUGGAAAAUGAAGAAGCGAUCCACACAUUGAUGAGGCAGCUCGAGUACCACAAGGUCUUGCUGCAAGCGGAAAUCCGACAACAUACAGCGAUGAAGCUUUUUGUUGCCGAGGAGGAACAUCCUCUGCCGGAGCUUAGGUCGUUGGCUAAGGGAGCAGACAUUGAUUGUUGGAUCGAGAAGCUUCAUGAGCGUUUGAAGAGAGAGAGGCCUCACAAUGAGGACGAAGCUGUCAUUGACACGCCCGAAGCUAAGGUCGAAAAGUUGCGUCGCGAGAUUGACUUUUAUGUGCGCGAAAUUAUCCUGUUCAAGCUUGAUAUCAAGGGGUACAGGAGCAACAUUCGCAAAUUGAAAGAAAUGGCCGGGAACAAGGGUAGCUUCGAAGAAUCGGGUGACACUAGAGAGAAGGCUUCCACAGCCUCACCAGUUCGAUCUACUUUUGCACCCGUCACACCCGAGCUGGAUGCCUUUCUCAACGCUUCGUCAAUUGGGGACCACAUCGACAUCUUGUCGAGGUUGGAAGAGCAUUCUGUUGCUCCGUCAUCGCCGGGUCCUUCUCACAAGAGCUGGACUGCCGAGGAUAAUGAGAAGAUGUUUGGGCUGGCGAUACCCAAGGUUUCUCGGGGUUCGAAAAACAACAGCUUCUUUGCAACUGAGUCUGGUCGUAUCGACUCGGCUUUCUCACCUUCUCCAAACCCAAAUCUGGCUUCAGAGCACUCGACACCUUCGUGUGUUUUGAGCGAAUCUCUUGAAGCUGACCAGCAGCCUGAUACACUCAACGAGCCCGCAGAAAAAAGACGGACGGCAUCAACGGCCGAACGGGAAGCAGCAUCUUACAGACAAUCUAUAUUCAUGUCAGAUGCCCCCGAGUCACCUCCAAGUCUGCCAGUUGAUAUUGCUCAACUACCAGACGAUUCCAGUCCGAACGAACAGGUAGCGGAGAUGCCAUUCGACAUUUAUGAUGAAUUGGCAGUCUCUCUACUACCGGGAUCACCUACAACAUCACUCUCUGAAACAGAUUCAGUCAUUUCGACUGCGAGUGAUUUCCUUUCGUAUUCUGUGCUUCCAGCCGGACACAAACCAAGCAAUGCCCCAACACUAAGUGUGCCCUUCCAGGUAGCUGCAGAGCCGCCGCCAGCACCAGUACUUGUCACGCCGGCUGUUGCUACUCAUACCCUGGGCUGCUCAAUCACCCGCGGUGCGCCAUUCGAUGUCAAACCAUCUGCUUCUGAUCCUAGUAUUGACGAGACCAUAGCGCCACCCACUCUCGCGGAUGCACCAGUCCCACAAACCAAGAUAUGGCAAGAAGAAACGCCUAAAAUAACCGAAUCAUCUUCGAGUUCUCCUACCGUGUUCGAAAAAGAGGAAGAGCAAUCCAUGAGCCUCCCUAUCAUUCUGUCCCGCUUACGCGAAGGAAGUGUAAGCAGCGUCUACUCGGCGGACAGUGUGUCGAAGCCCAGCCAACAACAAGAUACCGAGAUGUCGGAGAGCAACGUCAUUAACAUGUUGAAAGCGCUGCAGAGCUGCCCGUUCAGUCUCAAACCAAAAUCUUCUUCUUCUUCAUUAAGAAGCUUUGCAUGAUAGCAAAGAGUCCAAGUUAACAUUUGCGCUCAGCGAUUUCGGAGCAACCAUCCUUUGCGAAUGUUUUAUCCGAAAGGAUAGGACAUGGAGUUUCUUUUGUUAAUUCCGCUCGUCGGACUCACAUACAGCACAUGACAUGUUUUUUUUCUUUUUUUCUCCUGGAUGUGUAACUAGUUUUUGAACACGUGUAUAAGUUAGCAGUAAUGUCACAACGCAUAAGUUGGUAACCGAGACGGAAUUGGAACAUGCAC